GAGACCAAUUUGUAAAUUGCAACUACUUUGUAAAGAUAUGGCGUAUUGGGGUAAGGAUCAGCGGGUUUGGACUGAAAGAUGUGGAAGAAAAUGUGAAGAGGGUGAUGGAGGAUGAUGAGAUGAAGCAAAGAUUGAUAAAACUAAAUGACAAUAUCAUGGGAAAGGUGGCAUGCUCUGCAGCGAGGUCUAAUAUGACAUAUUUUACGGAUGAUCUCAGGAAAGUAGCAGUUGAAUCUCCAAUUGGAAAAACAUCAGCAACCUAA